UUGUGCUCUCUGUCCUAGCAUGUGGAUAUGGAAAACUCCUAUCUUUGUGGAUACUUGAAGAUUAAAGGCCUUACAGAGGAAUACCCGACCCUUACCACUUUCUUUGAAGGGGAGAUAAUCAGUAAAAAACACCCCUUCUUAACACGGAAAUGGGAUGCAGAUGAAGACGUCGAUCGUAAACACUGGGGGAAAUUCCAGGCCUUUUACCAGUAUGCGAAAACAUUUAACUCAGAUGAUUUUGAUUAUGAGGAUUUGAAGAACGGGGACUAUGUCUUCAUGAGGUGGAAGGAGCAGUUCCUAGUCCCAGAUCACACGAUCAAAGACAUCAGCGGUGCUUCCUUUGCUGGGUUUUAUUACAUCAGCUUCCAGAAGUCUGCAGCAUCCAUAGAGGGCUAUUACUACCACAGGAGUUCAGAAUGGUAUCAGUCUCUGAAUCUAACUCAUGUCCCUGAGCACAGUGCACCCAUUUAUGAGUUCCGAUGACAGGCGGACAGAAUGGUACCAAGUGAAAACAACCUGGGCAGGAGAGAGCGUGAUCUGCCACGAGAGAGGUGUCCCUGUUGGAGUGGGGGGACACGCGCUUCUCUUCUGCCCAACGGACUUGUGAAAGAAAGCAUGAAUGUCAGCCCAUCCGACCCAAGGAGCAUGGCUGCAGGAGCUGGAGUCUCCCUCCUGCCAAAUGGCAAUUUGAUCUUUAAUCUGGUUUUAAAGCUACCUUUAAAUGCACUUUCUUUUUGCACAGCUAGUUUCUUUAUCACUGAAAUUCCUCCUCACCCCCUUCUGGAAGUUUGGUCCUAGCUGGAAUCAAUACCUUCUCCUCUGAGUAAUAAGAAAACAUAAGCUCAGCACUUAUGGUUUCAUGUUACAUCCUAGUAUGGGUUGAAAUACAAAGAACUGUGGCCGUUCACGUUUGUCGCUCUGUCUGACAGCUCUGCCACUUCCAGAGCCUGGCAUGUCAAUGCAUGAGUGAGGCUUUGCCUAGCGGAGAGAACUGCUGAUCUGCAGAGUGCACUGCAGAAGCAUUUGGCUGAGACAGACAAGUCUUGAAGACCUAAUGAAUCUCCAGCUCAUACUGGCUAAUGAGGUUAGCCGGAGCUGCAGAUCUCUCAGGAACGCUAGCCACUUCUGAGCUGCAAGCUGUUCCUUUGUCUUGAUAUGCCGUGGGGAAUAGAUUAAGUGUAAAGACUUCCAGGCCUUCAGUAGAAGUGGAUCUGAGCUCUGCUUACUAAGUGUAUAUUUGCUCUUCACUUAAGGGUAAAAAAAUAAAAAAGACUUUUAAUAAAAAAAAAUAUAUAUUUUUAUGGUUCCUCUUCCCAAGGACCCUAUGGCAAAUGCACAAUUAUUCAGAAUUACAUUUUACUGUUUUCACAUUGAAAACCGUGAAUGUCUACAUUAGUUUUUUAUAUAUAUGUAUGUAAUCAACCAGCAGCUUUGGAAAAAUCGUCCUGGUACAAGUGUUUAGCAGCAUUGCAGAAAUGAUGCUAGUGAACUGUUUAGCAUUUGUACCUACUUUUCGUGCUACACCAACAUCACUGCUUGAUACCUUUAUACCAGGCAAAACGUAAAAAACCAACAAAAAGAACAGUGGCUGUCCUACAACUUUGAAACAUUCAAGUGAAAUAACUUAAGGCUUGUGUGCCAAAGUGUGUGCGUGUAUGUGUGGGGGGAGGUUUUUUUAAAAGACAUUUUAAAAGUUGGCAUCAGUUGUAUAUUUAAUAUGAUACUCUAUGCGUGCAGGGCUUUUGUGAGACAACUUACCUUGCUUUUUCUGCCAGUUUUAUUUAAUACAAAAAAAAAAAAAGCUAUUAAGAAAAGGGAGAUUUGUACCAACAGAGCAAAUCAUUU